AUCGCCUCCUCUAAGCGUCAGAAACGGAAAAGAAUUGUAGUAUUAUCUGAGUCUGAAGAUUCAGAAGAUGAAUAUAAACCUGAAAAAGAAAGUGAAAGUGAGGAUUACGAUUCAGAAAAUAGCAAUGUUUCAACCUCUGAAAGUCCCCCCAAAAAGAAAAAUAAUGUACAGAGUCAAACUCCUUCAUCAAGACCAAGUUUAGACCUCAAUAAGUAUUCCAAGGAUUCUCCUUCCCUUCAUUUCGGCAAUUCAACUCCUAAAGUUCUAUCUACAUUUAGAACUAGUUCUUCAACUUCUCAGCCUGAGCUUCAGACUAUUAAUAAUUCUCCGAAUGGUUUUGCCUCAAAAAUUUCACAAAAGUCAUGCAGUAAUUCCAUGCAGAAGAAUAGUAUUGCUGAUGAAAAAGUUACAUAUUUGCAUGAUAAACUAGAUUGGCUAAAGCCGGAAAAUAUGAAGGAUAAAAGUGGUAAGCGCAAGUCACAUCCAGAUUAUGAUCCCGAAACUUUGUAUGUGCCAGAAAGUUAUAAAAAGACUCUCACUCCAGGAUUGAAGCAAUGGUGGGAAAUAAAAUCCAACAACUUUGAUACUGUUCUUUUUUUUAAGGUUGGAAAAUUUUACGAGUUUUAUCACAUGGAUGCAGUAGUUGGUGUCAAGGAAUUGGAUUUAUCUUACAUGAAGGGUGACUUUGCUCAUGCAGGAUUUCCAGAAGUAGCUUUUGGGAAAUUCUCAGAUAUUUUGAUUCAAAAGGGUUAUAAGGUUGCAAGAAUUGAACAGACAGAAACUCCACAAAUGAUGGAGCAACGAUGCAAGUCAAUGUCUCAUCCUACAAAAUAUGAUAGAGUAGUUAAGCGAGAAAUCUGUCAAGUUACCUCUAAAGGCACCAGAACGCUGUCCUAUGAUGAAUGGAGUAAUAAUAUUGGAUCAAGUGAUAAUUUUUUGCUGUCUAUUUGUGAAAAGCAUAGUGAUCAAGAUACAAGCACAGAAUAUGGUAUUUGCUUUGUUGAUACUACCAUUGGAAAGUUUACGCUGGGUCAAUUUACUGAUGACAGGCAUCAAUCCAGAUUAUUAUCUUUCAUCGCUUUGUUUCCCCCUGUGGAGAUUGUGUAUGAAAAAUCUACAGUGUCGCAAAAAACUCUAAAACUAUUUGAUUCCAAUUUGAUUGGUGUGUCCAAGCAUGCGUUGAACUUGUUUUGGGAUGGUCAAAAAACACUUAAGUUUAUGGCUGAUAGUGGUUAUUACAAUGGGGAGGAUGGAAACCUUCAGUGGCCUGAAACAAUUUUACAAAUAUUAGAGAAAG